AUGAGUUUUGGGAGUAAAGAGGAUUCAGAGAACCUCAGAUCUGAGUCCAGCUUUUCUAACACAGAGAGUUUUCACUCUCAGUACAUCCUUGGAAAGACCAUUAGCCACGGAGGCAGCUCCAAUGUGAAGUUGGCCCAUCACCGCCUCACAGGCACCCCCGUGGCUGUGAAAAUGAUACCCAAGCAAGAGAACUGGUGCCAUCCUGUCACAUCAGAGGUGGAGAGCAUGAUGACUUUAAAUCACCCCAACAUUAUCUCUCUGUUCCAAGUCAUCAAGACAGAGAAGAGAGUAUACCUGAUCAUGGAGUUGUGUGAGGGCAAGUCACUUUACCACCACAUCCUAGAGGCUGGCCACCUGCAGGAGGAUGAAGCCAGGGCAAUCUUCAGACAAAUUUUACAUGCUAUGAACUAUUGCCAUGACCAAGGUAUAGUUCAUAGAGAUCUCAAGCCGGACAACAUCAUGAUAGAUAGCAAUGGAAAAAUAAAAGUAAUUGACUUUGGGCUGAGUGCCCAAGUGAAGCCAGGACAGCGGCUGAGCUAUCACUGUGGGACUUUCCCCUUUGCUGCGCCUGAGCUCCUCCUUGGCAGACUAUAUGACGGCCACAAGCUCGAUGUAUGGACCCUGGGUAUCGUUUUGUAUCUUAUGAUCACCGGAAGGGUACCAUUUGAUGCUUCCAACUUACUACAUUUUCGAAGACAGGUUGUGUCAGGCAAGUAUCCUGUCCCCUCUCGCCUAUCAAGAGAACUCCAGGACCUGGUUAGACUUUUACUUACCGCAGACCCCAAACAGAGGCCAACCAUUGGUGAAGUUCUGAAGCAUCCCUGGGUCAGAGAAGAUUCCCAGGUGUUCACGCAUCCUCGUGAGGAGCUGCCCACCCUCGGCCCAGAUGUGGCCAUUAUAAAAGCCAUGGGUCACCUUGGCUUCAGAGAAGAAGAUAUAAAAGACUCUCUAUUUCGUAAAAAAUACAACCAGGACAUGGCCUGUUAUAGUUUCCUGAAACAACAGGCUGUGAAACAACAUGAAUGUGACAGCCUGACCCGUUCUAAGCCCAUGAAUCCACUGAGGACACCUUUACCUUCCCCUGAUGAUCCUGCCACUUUCAACCUUGAACAAAGAUGUAGAGAAAUGCAACGAGCAUUACACUGGUCAUCUUACACGAGUGAAGGUCAUUUCACUCCUAGAGAGAGGAGAGCAAGAAGUCAACGACGCGGGAGGGGCGGAACUGUUGUAGAAGCUGCAGAGGUGGCUUCGGCAGCAGUUCUGGAGCGGGAGGGGGCUCUGGCAUGGGCUGCAUGGGCCACAGGGCUCGCGGCGGGGACCGCCCCUAGCCGGCGAACGGCCUCCGCGGGGCUCGAGGCGGGGGACGGCCCCCAGCCGGCGAACGGCCGCCGCGGGGCCGGCGAACGGCCGCCGCCAGGCCCACUUCUACCGCGGCUCCGGGACGGCUGGGAAGGCCAGGCGGUUCUGGCAGCCAGCGCCAUGAGCCCCAGGGACCAACAAGCCAGCGCGCGGGAAAACAAGGAAACCAGAAAGGGAGGGAACGGGAGGGAACAGAACACCAGAGUCUUGCGGGCAAACGCGGGAAGUGCCAGACUUACCCAUUGA